UCCAUCUACCCCCUGCGUAGAAAAUGGACUGUUCCAGCCGCAUUUCGAAGUUGAAAGCGGGAGGAAGUCAGGUUCCCUGCACGAGCUGAAAGAAUAGACGAUUCCCCUUACACGAAAAACAAAACAACAACAACAACAAAAAUACAACACAAUAAGUCAAAUUGGUUUAUUAAGCGACUUUAGUGUAAGAUACUAAGAUGUGUAAUGUCAGAAUAUCAGGAGAUUAAAUCCUUUAUAACGUUAACUCUACAUAAAAGAACAAGCUAAGUUAGCUAGUAAACAUUGCUAGCUAGCAGACAAGCUAGUUAGGUUUCAGUGGCCGCUUAUUGUAUUUACACGAUUAGUUUAAACUGAUCGAUUAGGAUUAUAAAUUAGAUUUAACUGAGUAGUUCUUUUGGUUUAUUUGAGAUGGAUGUAACGACGUGUCUGAAGUCUCUGCUUCUGGCGAUUCGACAACACAGAGACCACAGAGGCACAAUGAACGCAUCACUGCUCCAAAAACAAAUCCAAGACGUGUCGGCCUUAAAGUGCUCCAGGAUCUUAUCCUCAGGACAGGUUCUCCCCAGUGAGUGUCUGAAUGGUCUGCUGGAAGUAGCUGGAGAUCCCAACACCAGUCCUGCUCUUACAGGGAGCGUCCUGUCUCUGCUCGCCCAGCUCGCAUCUGAUGACGAGAGCAAAGAGGCGCUUCAUAGCCGUUAUAACAUCGUUGGCACGCUGGCGGCCGUCAUCCACUGUAACAGAGCUACACCUGAGGAGCCGAUCGUGCUACAGUGUCUUCAGGUCCUGCAGCGUCUCACUUACAACGUCAGACUCCUGCACUGCGCCUCCCACAUAGACGACCUCCUCACGUUCCUCAUGCUCAACAUCCAGUCUCAGAAUGAUGACAUCACCAAGCCGUGCUUAGGACUGAUGGCUAAUCUAUGUCGACACAACCAGUCUGUACAGGUGCAGAUUAAAUCUCAGAGUAACAUUAAAGCUUUCUACAGAGCUUUACUUAACUUCCUCGGUCACAACUGCCUCACCGUGGUCGUCUUCGCGCUCUCGAUCUUAUCCAGCCUAACCCUCAGUGAGGAAGUGGGACAAAAGUUGUUUAACGCAAAGAACAUUCACCAGACCUUCCAGCUCAUCUUUAACAUCACCGUGAACGGGGACGGAACCCUGACGAGGAACUACGCCGUCGAUUUACUGGUGGAUCUGCUCAAAAACGCCAAGAUUGCUGAUUACCUCACCAAUUAUAAACACCUCCCCGUGUGUCUGAGCGAGGUGGUCGGCCUUCUCCACGGUAAAGACCCGGAUACAGCAGUGAAGGUUCUGGAGCUGCUCGUGUCUCUGUGCUCGGUUCCACCCCUGCGCAGACUCAUCUGUCAGACGGUUUUAAAACCCGCCGCCCCUCGACUGCAGCCCACUGCCAGGAACCCUGAUAAGGUCAGGGGGGCGGAGCCUGGUCUGGCGCUGCUCCAGUGGGCCACGUGCCCACUGCAGGGACCUGAGCGGUGCUGCCUGCUCGCGCUGGAGCUCUUCACUGAGCUGUUUGAGGAAGUGAUUGGUUCCUCGCAGUCUGGUUCUGCCCGCUCGUUUUUGGAGCUCCUCCUCCCAGCGCUGCAGAGUUUACUGCACACGCCAGACUUCAGCGAAGGAGACGCGCUGCUACAGAGGCACUGUGCUAGAGCUGGACGAGCGCUGGACCUCCUGAUUGUCCUGUGUGGAGACGACUUCCUGAAGACUCUGGUGGCGCAGCACGUGAGCUCGGAGCUGUGCGUGUCGCUGGUGGAGCUGCUGCUGUCUAACAGUCAGGACUACGUCACAUCUAUCUGCUCGGACUCGAGCUCCCGGCUCAGCCACGCGUGCUGUGAGACGGUCCUGAAGACUCUGGAGCUGAUGAGCCAGCUGAAGCAGCACGUAGACGACAUGGAGACCUGCUUUUACCGGAUGCUGCAGGACCAGCGCAUGGUGACGCCUCUGUCUCAGGCCCUGACGUCUCAGCACCGAGAGCAAGUACACACGGCGCUGCACGUCCUGUUCGAAGCCGCUCCGCUGCCCGAUUUCCCAGCCGUCAUUUUAGGAGAAAACAUCGCAGCGAAUAACGCGUACCGGCAGCGCGAGGGCAAGCUGAGCGUCAGAGGCGGCGGCGUUCAGGAGGACGGAGUGGCCCCAGAGAAGAACUUUACUCUGUCCUCUGCUGCUCCGAACAGUCCGUCUCGCCAGAGCAUCGACAGCCUCAUCGAGAAACUGCAGAGCGGCAUUCAGGAGCAGAUGAAAGAUGUGCACGUGUCGGAGAUCAUCGACGUGUACGAGCAGAAAAUCUCCGCCCUGGCCUCUAAGGAAGGCCGUCUGCAGGACCUGCUGGAGGCCAAAGCUCUUGCUCUGUCUCAGGCUGACCGUCUGAUUGCUCAGUACCGCUGUCAGAGAGCACAGGCCGAGGCUGAGGCCCGGAAGCUGGCGUCUCUGCUGAAGGACACGGAGAAGAGGAAGGAGGAGCUGCAGGUCGAGCUGAGCGAUCAGGUGAUGGAGGUGGAGAAGCUGAAGAGCGACAGUCAGCAGCUCCUGCAGCACAUCAGCCGCCUGCAGGCCGUGUCUGACGAACACCAGAACCUGAAGAGCACCUACAAUCAGCUGCUGAGCAGGUACAAUAAAAGCGAAGCGAUGCUGAAGGAGCUCCAGGCUGCCCACAUCUCCCUCACGCAGCAGGCCGAGUCCCUGAAGAAGAGCAACGACGGACUCAAAAUGCAGCAGGAGAGGUUGUCCUCAGAGCUUCAGCACAAGGAAGGGAAGAUCUCAACCAUGGAAGCAGCCAUGCAGGAGAAACACCACACUAUUGCGGACCUGCAGGCCGAGGUGAGGAAACAGGAGGAGCAGGCCGGAGAGCUGGAGGAGAACGUCAACAUGCUGAGGAAGGAACUCGCCAAGACAGAGCAGGCCAGGAAGGAUGCCAGCAUCAAGGUGAGAGAGAAGAGAAUUACGUCCUUCUCCAAGCAGGCUGGCUCUAAAAUGAAAUCCGGUUUCAUCUCGAGCUUUUCUCUUCCUCAGGCCUCAUCUCUGGAGCUGCAAAGAUCUCAACUGGAGUCCAAACUGCAGAAGAAGGAAGAGGAGCUGAACAAACACACGCAGAUGAUCGCCAUGAUCCACAGCCUGAGCAGCGGCAAGCUGAAGAGCGACGCCACGGCCAACCUUUCUCUGUGACACACACACACACACACACACACACACAAACACACUGUACACAUAUCCAGAUUAAUGGAUUCUAGAAGUAAUGGCCCCAUUUACAGACACUCCAGAUUUUUGGUUUACAUGCACUACACACACACACCAGCCAUGAUGAACUCGGAUGACAAAUACAUGAAAUAGAUUUUAAAUAUUUUUAACUCUGAGAUCCAGGUAACUUAUUGCCUUUUCUUUGUGUGUUGUUGUCUGUCUGUACUUUUUCUACACGUUGUUCCUCUCGGAUCAUAUUUUAAAAUAAAUAAACGAAUAUUUCAUUAUAUUAAUUAAUGCAUAUUUUAUCUGGCAUUGCGAAACGAUUCCGUUCCAAGAUGGAUUUAAUCAAUUAGUUCAUUUUUAAUGUACUGAUUUUGUUUGGGGGGUUGGGGGGGAAGAAAAAGAUUUGACAUAGCCAGUAGAUGGCGCUGCACCUCAUGAUGACUGAAUAAACUCCAUUUUUGAGUCUGGUCCAACAAUUAAAUCAAACGAGUAAAUCACACAAAAGCAGAAAUAGAUGAGAUUUUAUUAUUUUAUUUUUUUUUACAGAUGUUUUUCAUUAAAUCCUGAUGUGUUACGCCUCCCUUUAAUUACCGUUUAAUUAUCCCUGUGGGGGUAGUGUUCAUGCUGUAUGAAGGUCAAAGGCUGCUGUGUUUAUUGUGUUUUACUGACUGACUAAUUAGUGACAAGUCAGUUUCUGUUUUAUUUACUGAGCCCCGUGAUGGAAUGUGAUAAACUCCAUACAGGCUUUACUCGUUUAUUUCUUCAGCACGGCUUUUCCUUAUUGUCAUCGUAGAAACUCGUGUCAGUCAUAAUAUCGCUGCUUGGCCUGCAGAGUCCAGCAGAUUUUCUCUUCUUUUCUUUUUUU